AUGAAUCCCCAAGUAAAUGCUUCGACAGAUGGCCAAAUGAUUCCUUUUACAGUUGGAAAAUAUCAAGUAAUAAGACAAAUAGGAAAAGGCGGAUUUGCAACUGUUGUUCUAGCGGUUGAUCCAAAAACUAAUCAGAAUGUUGCAAUUAAAAUCUUUGAUAGACAGUUCAUAGUCAAAGGUGGUUAUAUGAAAUAUCUUGAAAAUGAAUUAAGACUUUGUAGCCGCUUGAAUCAUCCAAAUAUCGUAAAAAUACUCGAUGUUGUUUAUGAUGAACGAUCAAUAAUGAUUGUUAUGGAAUAUCUUUCUAACGGAGAUCUACAAAGCUUAAUCAUGAACGGCUAUCAUUUUUCGAUACCAGAACAGAUUAGGAUUUCCUUGGAGAUUCUUCAAGGGUUAAAUUAUCUACAUAAAAGAGGCAUAUCACACAGAGAUAUCAAGCCUGAAAAUAUAAUGUUUGAUCAGAAUUUUCAUGCUAAGAUUAUCGACUUUGGCUUCUCCAAAGAAAGCUCAAUGAUGCUUAAGACAUAUUGCGGAACACCAUUUUACAUGUCACCAGAAGUUAUCCAAACAGAUUGUUACAAUGGAAUAAAGAGUGAUAUCUGGGCUUUUGGCAUAACAAUCCAUGUUAUCGCAGUUAAGCUCUACCCAUUCGAAUGCCAGAAUGAAAUAGAGUUUAUGAAGCUUAUGCAGCAUAAUAAACUCCGUAUUUCCAUUAUUCCCAAAGGAAUUAUCGGAGACAUAUGCGAGAAAUCCCUUAAAAUGGAUCCAAAUUCUCGCUCAUCAGCCGAGCAACUGAUCGAGAUGCUUGAAAACUAUUUAGCAACAUCUACGAUUCUAAACAAUUCUGGCGUUCAUCAGCUUAAACAAGAAACUCUUUUGCCAAGUCUUCCUGUUCGUAAGCACUCUCCAUCAUCUGUAAGGGUUAAAAUACUCAAUUCCAGAGUAUUUAAGAAAACAAAAUUCAAUAUUAACGUUAAAGUUCGGGUUACUAAUAAGUCAACUCCAAACUUAUAA